AUGGAGCCACAACGAGGGGAGGAGCAGCUCGCGCGUGGGGCGGGCGGCGGCGGCGGCAUCAACGACGACGCCGGAGCCGCAGCUUGCUUAUGCCCCGCCGCCAUCGCCGGCGCGACCGGCGCGGCGCGGGGUCCUUUGUUCCCACCACUCCACGCGCUGGAGCAGGAGGUGCUGCGCCGCGCCGAGCUGCAGCUGCACGUCGGCGGCGGUGACCGGCGCAGGGAGCGCAAGAUGAAGAACCGCGAGUCGGCGGCGCGGUCCCGCGCGCGCAGGCACGCGUACGUCAACGAGCUGGAGAAGGAGGCGAGCCUCCUCCAAGCAGAGAACGACGAGCUCAGGAAGCUCUGCGAGGAGCUGAAGGAGGCCGCGGAGGUGGCGGCGCCCGCGACGAGCAGAGCUCCCCAGCUGCUGCGGCGGACGUCCUCCGCGCCACUCUAG